GCACUAUAGGCAACUUAGGCUCAGGGGCGGACUGACCAUUUGGAAACUCGGGCACUGCCUGAGGGCCCAGGGUCAGUAGGGGGCCCCAUGAGAUGCCCCUGGGGAUCAUGCGGCCCAAACUCAAAAAAGCCUAUGAAAAAGGUACCAGGGGCAUCUCAUGGGGCCCCCUACUGACCCCGGGCCUUCGGGCAGUGCCAGAGUUUCCAAAUGGUCAGUCCGCCCCUGCUCUCCACACCAUUUCUGCAGAUAAAGGCAUAUUGUCAUAG